CUCCCUUGCUUGCAGGCUGCCCACGCGCCCCUGCCCGCCGGGGGCCCCCCCGCCAUGGCCAUUGUGCAGACGCUGCCAGUGCCCCUUGAGGCCGUGUCUGAGGGGGCCACACAGCUGCGUGCCACCACCCGCUCACCCCCUGCCGCCAUGGGCAGCGUGGGCAGCCUCCUGCCCGCCCGGCCUCGCCACGACUGCACAAGUGAUGGGGACCCCUCCGCUGCCUCCUUCUGCAAGCCGGAGGGGCUACUCCGGGCCACGCCUGAGGAGCCCCGUGUGUCUGUGCCCGGUGUCACCCACUCCUAUGCCAAUGGGGGCUUCUGUGGCGACUGGCUUGAUGCCUCCUCCCCUGCCAGCCCCUGUAGUGACUCAGAUGAUCUCCGUGAUGACCAAGCACCAAGUGAUCACCUUCGGGGGCCGCCCCCCAAGCUUGUACCUGUCUCUGGCAAGCUGGAAGAGAAUGUGGAGAAGACCCUGAUCCGCCCCAUGGCCUUUAAGCCAGUGGUAUCCAAGCUUCGCAAUGCCCAGCCAGGCACGCGCCUGGGGCUCUCGGAGAGCCAGGUGAGCCUCACCCACUUGCUGGGUGUUGAGAAGCCUGGCUCUCUGAGCUGCCGUGCCAGCACCCUCUCGGACUCGGGGCGCAACUCCCUCUCCAGCCUGCCCACCUACAGCACAGGCUGCAGCCAGCACCCAGAGGUGGGUGCCCUGCCGACCACCCCCCACGGCCCCCUCGACCCUCCGGGGGGCUGCCGGCCCUCCAACUCGGACAGCGGGCGCUCAUCCUCCAGCAAGAGCACAGGCUCGCUGAGUGGCCGGGGCCGGCCCUCCUCAGAGAGUGGCUCCUGUGGGCGCUCUCCGCUGCCUGGUGAGGAGGCCAUGCUGGUGCGGGAGCUGGAGGACAAGCUGCGGGAGAGGGAGGCCGAGCUGCAGCUCCUGCGUGACAGCCUGGAUGAAAACGAGGUGGCCAUCUGCCAGGUGUUUGAGGAGAAGCAGCGUCGGUGUGAGCAGGAGCUGGAGGGGCUGCGGCAGCGCUGUGCAGCCCAGGCACGGCAGGCGGCCCAUGCAGCACAUCGGGGGCAGCAGGUCCUGCAGCUCCAGGUGCUGCAGCUGCAGCAGGAGAAGAAGCAGCUGCAGGAGGACUUGACCCAGCUGCUGCAGGAGCGUGAAGUGUUGGAACGUCGCUGUGCCUCCUUCCAGCGGGAGCGCACUGAGCUGGCACCCCGGCUGGAGGAGACCAAGUGGGAGGUGAGUCACGUCGCACACCCACCGGGGGGGCUCAGGAGUCGCUACUGA